UUCAAACUUCUCUUUGGACCUUUGCUGAAUUGUAAUGAUUUUUUCACACACUCCUCUCAGAACAGUUGCUCCACCGCAACGACAGCUUUGCACACGAACUAUCUCUGAUCCGCAGUCACAACAACCGAAACGGCGGGCAGCCCACAGCGGGUCAGGCGGAGGGAGAGAGAAACCGAGCGAACGUGUCGGGUCGAAUGUGGCAAGAACUGAAACACAAGCGGCGUCUGUUUCCACAGAUGCUGACUGACCCGUUGGGCGUUCCUCAUCGUGAGCAGCGGCAGAUUGACUCGACGGUUGGAAAUGCAGAAACACGCGGCACGGCCUUACAGAAAGACCUGGCACUUCCUGCGACUUUGAAUGACGGUGUGAGAUACUGAUCUCUGAGCGGCAGAACAGCUUCACUGUUUCCACUGCCGCUCCGCCCGGAAGCAAGACCUCGGUUACUCUCACUACUUGAGUCGAAACCUUCGAUUUUCACUUUAUCUUUUAAGUAUGGCGGCGCCGACUUCCGAAGCGUAACCCAGCCGGAUCCCAGCCCUGCCGGGCGUCCGCCUAUGGUUCAUCUCCGGGCUCACAAGGCAGUGUCGGUCCGCCCCUGACGGUUAGAUGCGGAGGGAACGAUAAGCAAAUAACAAACUGACGCAGCCGGUGAUCAGCGGGCGAGUGUUUAUCGAUAAAUCGUUCAAUAUACGGGUAGCAUGAAGCCUCGGCUGACGUGGAUGGUGCUGGUGUGGGCCAUUUAUGCUCCCAGCUCUGCGGAAAUAUCAUGGAGCUCGGCGAACGCAGGAGACGCGCUGACAGUGGAGUGCAGACUGCAGGAUACGUCCGAUCUACGAUACUGGUUUUUGCAACGUCCCGGUCACGGGCCCACUACCAUCCUCUUCCAUCACGCCUCCGGCGGCCCCACCAGAUACUUUAACGGCUACGGCCAUAAUUUUACCCCCUCCGUUGACCGCAGAACCCGCAGCUCCCGACUAAGGAUUGCGAAUAUCAGUGUUUCGGACGCCGGGGUCUAUUUUUGCGCAGUCCGGACCGGGGGCGAGAUGAAAUUCGGUACUGGGACAGUGCUGGCUGUAACAGGAGUUUCCAAAAAUGCAAGUGAAAGGGGAAAAGCAGGAUCCGAUUGCCUCAUUACUGGAUUCACAGGAAAUGACGUGCAGAUUCUGUGGGAUGUGCCAUUGAGCAUCCAAGGGACUAUGAACAUCCAAGGCCGAAUGAGGAACUUUAGCAUCCAGUGCAAAGUCAGCCUGGAGGAUGGUCAAGGAAUGACACGAUCAUGCCAAUGUGAAACCAAGGAUGCAAAUAUCACGUCGGGAGGCACAGAUAUUCCCUGGGGCCUGAACAUGCUGAGCUGGAAUCUAUGCGGAGUCAUCGGUCUAUUAAUAACAAUCCUGUUCUGUGUACUGAUCUACUUCAACUGCUUCAGUGGUAAAGCUUUGAAACAUCCGUCAGUUAACAGCCUGACUGAAACGUCAAGAUUGACUGAAGCUGGCCCCAGGCCACAGGACCAGCGGCUGCCAAGGGACCAGUGGUUGCUAAGGGACCAGCGGUUGCCAAGGGACCAGUGGUUGCUAAGGGACCAACGGUUGCCACGAGACCAGCAGAUGACAAAUGAACAACAGUUCCCACGGGGCCAAAAGUCGCCGCAGGAGCAGCGGUUCCCACAGGACCAGCCACUACCGCGGGGCCAACGGUUGCCGCGGGCCCAACGGUUGCCGCAGGAACAGCGCUUGUCACGGGCCCAGAGGUUGCCUCACGUCCAGCAGUUGGCACAAGAGCGGUGGACGCCACAGGGACAGUGUCAACAGACAGAUCAGCAGUCACCCAGAAAGAAGGUGCUGCCUGACUCACUCAGUUUGCCACCAAAGCCACAAGAAGCCUCACAGGAGGAGUCUCAGUGGACGCAGCAAUUGCCACAGGAAAGUCAGGUGCAUUAUUCCACCCUAAACUUGGUAGCAAUGGAAAAAAAGACAAAGAAAAGAUGAUUUUAACCGUCUACAUCAGAUAUGUGGUUCAGUACUCUAUAAGCUUCCUUCAGCACUUUUGUGAAGAUUCUUUGGUGAUGUAAUUUCCUUAAAAUUAGAAUGAUAUCAGCACUUAAAAACUGAUAUUCCUGGUGUUUGAUCUGCGUCGCUGCAUUGAGCAGGUAACGUGGCAGGAUUUCCCCAGUUCUGGGUUACCACUGUUCUGUGAUGCACAACAAUUUCCUUAUGAUGUGCCUCCAACGCAGAGAAGCAUUCUUCAAGGUGCGAGGGGGUGGAGACCAUUGUCUCCAAAGUAAGAUCAUGAAGACUCUCUAAGGUUAAAUUUGCUAAUGUAUCUGUUAACAGUAGUCCACAAGGACUUUGUUGUCAGGACAAUGAAUGUAAUUGCUUCUAAGUUACAGCAUACUUAAUGCAAACACUGCAUCGACCAAUGAGUCAAAGACGAAGUGAGGAUUAUUAUUCACAUUAAAUAUGCAGUUGUACAGCAAAUUUGGGUAAUUCAGACAUUAAACUGAUUACUAACUAAUCAGAAUCAGGUUAGGUAGCACCAGCACAUGGUCGUGAAAUUUGUUAACUAUGUGGCAGCAUUACAAUGCAAUAUCUGAAAAUAUAGAAAAAAAACUAAUC